AUGGAUACUUCACUCCAGUGCAUCAUCUGCCCUGGGCAGCCCCGAUUCUGUGAUAGCUCCCAUUUGUUGACCCACGUGGCCUCCAAGGCUCACCUGUCCCACACGUUCAAGCUCACCGUCCGCAGUCACCAUGAAGACGACGCCACCGGACUCCUCGAGGAGUAUGAACUAUGGUCCAAAGCAAAUGACAUUCCCAGGCAGUUGGCUGAGCGUUUGUCCAACAAACAAUGCCGCAACAAGAAGAGAAAGUCGGAAGACAACAUCAACAAACCCCCUCCAAAGAAACGUGCCACUGAUACCUCCGUUUCAACGCGUUCAACAACUUCAAUCUCUGAUUGUAUUGACCCUCGUCUGGCUGAUCCAUUCCUUGGCAAACAUGAAGACACAGAAUAUUCAACAUUCACACCAAUCAAUACUCCAAAGGGAUCGACCACCAAAGUCAUGAGUGCAAACUUUUCCACCGGUCCUUUCCUCCGCUCCGGUCGAUUCUCGAACAACUGGCAAUCUGGGGGCACAUCUGUGCCAAAGGACAGAGACUACCCAACCCUACCCGUGACACCCACUCGGCCCCGAAACCGACGAAAGCCUGAAGAGAUUGCCUGGGCUUCCUCGAGAGACACCCUCGAGCCUCUUGUGGAACCCGUUUCCCACGCAUUUGGUGGCGUUGUGGACAAGGCUCGUGCUGACGAAAUCGCAAGACUGAAGGGCGUUUUGUGGCCUGGCAUGGAUAUCUUUGACUCUGCUACACAGAAGAUGAAGCUCAAGCGCAACCAGAAGAAGGACGGUUCCUCACUGAAGAGAAUGGAACUGACUUCGUUGCUCAUGACCCCAACUGAAAUGGUCUUUUCUCCAUCUGGUACCCUUCGAAAGCUCCGUGUGAUUUCGGGCAAUGUUGAAGACCACAGCCCAUUGAAAGGAGAGACUCCGAUUCCCCGCCGUCAUUUCACCCGCCCCAGAAAACUCACCUUGGAACGUGCUGACCCCAACAUGCCCCGUGCCGUGGACAGGAAACGCGCGAAAACUGCUGCAUAUGAAGUAACCAAGAAUACUAAGGAAAUGGCCAAGGGACCACGCAGAUCACCUCGUCGGUCUCAGCGCACAGCAGACCGCACUGUAUCCUACACAUGUGAAGAUGAUGAACUGGGUCUUGCUGUUCAGGCAUUUGGAAAGAAGUCGCAGGGUGGCUUCAGCGUUUUCACCGAUGAAGACGACCACAAAUUCUCCCUCAAGGGCCAAGAGCGACCCAGUACAGUAUAUUUUGAUACACUGACCCCCAAGCAUCUUGUUUUGGACGGAAAGUCAAACGCCUUUGGCAUGCAUGGCUCGAAGAUUGGGCAAACCGCGCUUGACAAGGAGAACAUUGAGCCCAUUUUGGACCCUCAUGGUCGCAUUGAUGCUCACGGCUGGCACUCACCAUUUGCCAAGCGCGCUGCCGUCGACAACGGUGAUCCCUCACCUGGAUACUUCUUUGACGAGUCGGUGCUUAGUGACCAUUACCGCGACUUCAACAAGAGUGGAUACCAUGCCAAUCCCCUGCUCGCCCCUUCGAAAGGCCCCGUCUAUGGAACCCUGUAUGACCACGGCCACAUGGACCAGACUAGCUGGCAACCAAUCGGCCACCCAGCUCCAUCCGAGGAGACCAUCUCUGAGGGAGAUCAACACGACUUUUCUCUCCUCUACCUCCCUGGUAAUAUUGACUAA